GCCGGAUGGUGACCCGACCAUCUUGGACUUGAGCGUCAUCUCCUGUGUUCGGAGACCCGGCCGUCUUGGACUCCGGUGUCAUCUGCUACGCUCGGCGACUUCUUAUAUAAGGUCAGAUUUGUUUCAGGACUCUGCUUCGUUUCUACUUUUUUCAUCCCUUUGGAGCUCCGCACUUCAGACCAUCUUCCCAAUUUGGGUGCGUCUUCAAGCCUAAUCCAUACAGAUAAAGUAGGAUAAAAAGGAAAGCUUUUACUCAGCUGUUGCGUCAUUCAACUACAUAAGCUGUGCAGCACAAUGGGAAGUGAUUUGAAAAAGUGGGUAUCAGAUACUCUCAUAUCGGUUUUGGGUUAUUCCCAAAGCACACUUGUGAAUUAUGUAAUUGGCUUAGCUAAGAAAGCUUCCUCUCCUAACGAGCUUUCUAGCAUGCUCAGUGAAGUGGGAGUACCAUCAACCUAUGAGUCAAAGGAUUUUGCACAAGAAAUUUUGUGUAGAGUUGAGCACAAGGCUUCAGGGCCAAAUCUAUAUCAACAUAAAGAAAGGGAGGCAGCGAUGUUUGCAAGGAAACAAAAGACCUACACAAUAAUAGAGGAGGGUGGUGAUGAUGAUGCUGAUGUUAGUAGCAAUGCUCAUGUGUCUUCAGAAGCUGGGAGGAAGGGCCAUGGAAAGAGAUUUAGAAGGAGGGUGGUUUCUGAAGCUUUUGAAGAUGAAGAAGAGAUAAGAGAAGUAGAAGAGGAAAGACAAGUAAGGAGACGAACUUCCAAUGAUGAUGGUCAGGAUAAUGGUGGUGAUAGUGGUUCUGAGUCAGAGGAGGAAAGACUGCGUGAUAAAAAAGAGCGGGAAGAGUUGGAGAUACAUAUCAGAGAAAGAGAUGCUGCAUCAACAAGAAAGUUGACUGAUAAAAAGUUAUCCAGAAAGGAGGAAGAAGAGGCAAUCAGAAGGUCUAAUGCUUUGGAGCAAGAUGAGAUUGGAACUUUGAGGAAAGUCUCAAGGCAAGAGUAUCUUAAGAAAAGAGAGCAAAAGAAAUUAGAUGAACUCAGAGAUGAGAUAGAAGAUGAGCAGUACUUAAUUGAUGGGAUGAAGCUAACUGAAGCAGAAUAUAAGGACAUGAGGUGCAAGAGGGAGUUAUAUGAUCUAAUCAAGAAGCGGGCCGAGGAGGAUGAUGGCAAAAAUGAGUAUAGGAUUCCCGAUGCAUAUGAUCUUGAAGGCGGUGUAAAUCAAGAGCAAAGGUUUGCUGUUGCACUGAAACGCUACAGGGAUCCUGAUGCCAAUGAUAAUAUGAACCCUUUUGCUGAAUAAGAAGCAUGGGAGGAUCACCAAAUAGGAAAAGCUACACUCAAAUUUGGUUCUAAAGACCGCAAGGCAAAAUCUGAUGAUUACUAAUUUGUGUUUGAAGACCAGAUAGAGUUCAUCAAAGCAGCAGUUAUGGAUGGCGUUAAUGUUGAUCACGAGUCCUCCAUUGAGGAACUAGAAGUUUCUGUUGCUAAAUCAGCAUUUGAGAAACUGCAAGCAGACAGGAAAACUUUGCCUAUCUAUCCUUAUCGUGAUGAGUUGGUGCAAGCUAUCGAUGAGCACCAGGUUCUAGUCAUUGUCGGAGAGACAGGUUCUGGCAAGACUACUCAGAUACCUCAGUACUUGCAUGAGGCAGGGUACACCAAAAGUGGCAAGGUGGGAUGUACGCAGCCACGCCGAGUUGCUGCCAUGAGUGUUUCUGCCCGUGUUUCACAAGAAAUGGGAGUCAAACUUGGACAUGAGGUGGGCUACUCAAUCAGGUUUGAAAAUUGUACUUCAGAGAAGACCAUUCUAAAAUAUAUGACUGAUGGGAUGUUAUUGCGUGAGUUCCUUGGGGGACCUGAUUUGGCAAGUUACAGUGUAAUCAUGGUGGAUGAGGCACACGAAAGAACAUUAUCAACUGAUAUUCUUUUUGGCUUGGUUAAGGAUAUUGCCUGUUUCCGUCGUGACCUCAAGUUGCUUAUAUCAAGUGCUACCCUUGAUGCCGAGAAGUUCAGUGACUUUUUUGAUGAAGCUCCCAUUUUUAAAAUACCUGGAAGGCGGUUUCCAGUGGAUAUACAUUAUACGAUAGCGCCCGAGGCAAAUUAUUUGGAUGCAGCAAUUGUUACUGCCCUUCAGAUACAUGCGACACAACCCCCUGGUGAUGGUGAUAUAUUAGUUUUUUUAACUGGGCAGGAGGAGAUUGAGACAGCUGAGGAGAUCAUUAAACAUAGGAUCAAGGGCCUGGGAACAAAAAUAGCCGAGCUAAUUAUAUGCCCAAUAUAUGCAAACCUUCCAACAGAACUACAAGCCAAAAUUUUUGAAGCUACUCCUGAAAGGGCACACAAGGUUGUCCUUGCUACAAAUAUUGCCUAGACUUCGCUGACUAUUGAUGGGAUAAAAUACGUAAUUGAUCCUGGAUUUUGUAAGGUGAAGACAUAUAACCCUCGUACCGGCAUGGAAUCAUUACAUAUCUCUCCUAUUUCAAAAGCAUCUGCUAACCAACGGGCUGGCCGUUCUGGACGAACAGGGCCUGGGAAGUGUUUCCGGCUGUACACUGCUUAUAACUUUUUAAAUGAUUUGGAGGAUAAUAUUGUUCCAGAGAUUCAAAGGACCAACUUGGCUAAUGUUGUGCUUUCUCUUAAGAGUCUGGGCAUUCAUGACUUGCUGAACUUUCAUUUUAUGGAUCCACCACCUAUUGAAGCUCUACUAAAAGCACUGGAAGUGCUCUUUGCUCUAAGUGCUCUUAGUAAGCAUGGUGAACUGACUAAAGUUGGCAGAAGAAUGGCCGAGUUCCCUCUUGACCCCAUGCUCUCCAAGAUGAUUGUUGCUUCUGACAAGUAUAAAUGCUCUGAUGAGAUCAUAAGUAUUGCAGCAAUGCUGUCUAUUGGAAAUUCGGUCUUUUAUCGUCCAAAGGACAAACAAGUGCAUGCUGACAAUGCAAGGUUGAAUUUCCAUAUGGGCAAUGUUGGAGAUCAUGUUGCAUUACUGAAGGUUUACAACUCAUGGAAAGAAACCAACUUUUCAACCCAGUGGUGCUAUGAGAACUACAUUCAGGUCAGAAGCAUGAAAAGAGCUAGAGACAUCAGAGACCAGUUAGAGAGCCUUCUAGAAAGAGUAGAAAUUGAAUUGACUUCAAAUCUCAAUGAUCUAGAUGCUAUAAAGAAGUCCAUUACAUCUGGAUUUUUUCCUCACUCAGCAAGGCUGCAAAAGAAUGGAAGUUAUGAAACUGUUAAGCUUCCCUUAACUGUUCAUAUCCAUCCCAGUUCAGGUCUAGCACAGGUUCUUCCUAGAUGUGUUGUCUAUCAUGAGCUUGUUCAUACAACCAAAGAGUAUAUGCGACAGGUUACUGAAGUAAAGCCUAGGGAUGGCAACGGGGCGGUUCGGGGUCGGGUAUACCAUUACCCGUACCCGCCCCGUUUGAUAAAAAAAUUCCCCGAAACCGCCCCGUUACCCGUCGGGUAUUUUUACCCGCGGGUAACGGUUUUCCCCGCGGGUAACGGUUUCCCCGCGGGUAACCGUUUAUUAAAAAAUAAUUUUUUUCCUUCAAAAUUAGUAUAGAUCCUAAAAUGAUUAUUAACUACUUAUCAUUGACCACCUAAAUUAAAAAAAUUAAAAUGAAAUAGUACCACAGAUAAAGUCUUUUAAAACAUGACAAAAAGUUAAAAUCGUUUGAAUCUAACAUUCACAAAUUAUAUAUGUCUAGAUUCAAAUUGAAUCUCUUACCACAUCAACAUCAAAAGAGUAAGUCUUGUCUCGAUAGUAAAAACUAAAUAUGAAUCACAAAAACAUUUAACUUCCAAACAUUCAAUAAGCAUACCCCCACCAACAUUCAACAUCUAAAUUAAUUUAAGAACAAUAAUGUAUACAAGUAACAUAAUGAAAAUGGGAAGUUUUUCCCCUAAAAUACCUCUAAUAAAAAAGAUAUGAACGUAAAUAUGACUAUAAGUUACCAUGAGUAAGUUUUGUAAUCACUACGACAUAACAUUUGAAUAAAAUUAUACACUGAAGUUACUAGAGUCGCAUUUUUGUCCACAACUUUUAUUUUGAUUAUAGAUUUGGAAUUAUUUAAAAGGCACUUCUAAUACUAUGAUUUAGGUAUUCUUGUAGUUACUGUUUUAGAAAAAAACAUAAUUUAAAUUUUAAAACUUGAUAUAAAUUAGAGCAACCAAUCAAAAUUAAUCUAAUCAUCCAAUACACCUUUACAAAAUUAUUAGCAAUUACAUAAAUUAAAGCAACCUAGAGUAAUGUUUCGCAAUAUUUUGACUUUAAACUCAUACGUGAGUUUUAUGAAAGUUAUUGGGUGAAAAACUAAGAGAGUCACAAUGUGGAAAUUGCGUAAAGAAAGUCACAAAAAUCAAAUAAUCAAUAUGUGAAGAAAAAAAAUAUUGUAGAAGUUUUUUUGAAGGAAUAUUAUAGAAGUUAACAAAGGAAGGAUGAUGAAUGAUUGAAAAUUUAAAAUCUAAAAUAGUGAACUUUGCGCACCAACUCGAUCAUCAGAAUUGCAAAGGAUAGCCGAUAAGUUGAAUAUUGUUUCAAAGUACUAGAGGGAAUAAGUGUCAUAUACUAAUGUACUAAUAUUCAUAUAUACUUAAUAUAUUAAAUAAUAAAUACAUAAACUAUUAAAAUAUAUAAGUUAAUUGUACGGGUCGGGUAAUGGUGCGGGUAACCGUAUCCAAAUUAAACGGGGCGGGUAACGGGGCGGGUAACGGGGCGGGUAGGUAUAAACCCAUAACCGCCCCAUUACCCGUUUACAUAAAUCGGGUAUUCCCCGCCCCGUACCCGUUACCCAGUCAAAACGGUUUUCCCCAUUUUGACCGGUUCGGUUCGGUGCGGAUAUCCAUCGGGUCGGGUUAAAUUGCCAUCCCUAGUAAAGCCUGAAUGGUUUGUAGAAAUAGCUCCUCGCUACUAUCAGUUGAAGGACGUUGAAGACCAUGCAUAAAAAAAAAUGCCCAGAGGAGAGGGUCGAGCAUCUUAGUCCUGAUUAUGGGUAACCUCUAAAAUACAUUCAUUCAAUGGAGAAUAUAUUCUCUUCUAUGCCAGAGGUGGCAGUAUAUCCAUUAAUAAAAGUGGCCCAGCCACAUUCUUGAGGCUCCUCAAAAGUCAUGGUUCCAGCAGAAUAGCUGAUGCAGAAUAGGCUAUCUCUUCCUCCAAAUGACAUCACCCAAACACCAGAUUAAGCAUUAAUGUGCUUUCUG